AUGUCACAGCAGCAGCAUUUCGAGGAAGAAGAUGAAGAUUAUGGACCAUUGCCUAUUUCUCAACUAGAGCAAGGUGGCAUUUCGGCAACUGAUAUCAAAAAGCUGCAAGAAGCAGGAUAUUACACAGUGGAAGCCAUUGCAUAUGCACCGAAAAAGGCGCUUAUUACUAUCAAAGGCAUUUCGGAAAACAAGGCAGAAAAGUUGUUAGGGGAAGCUGCAAAAAUGGUCAAUCUCGGAUUCACGACUGCUAUGGACGUACACCAACGGCGACAAGAAAUCGUUUCGAUUACAACAGGAUCCAAAGAAUUAGACCGUGCACUUGGAGGCGGUAUUGAGACAGGCUCCAUCACUGAGAUCUUUGGUGAAUUUCGAACGGGUAAAAGUCAGUUGUGUCACAUGCUUGCAGUGACAGGGCAACUCCCAGUAAGCAUGGGCGGCGGUCAAGGCAAAUGUUUGUAUAUCGACACAGAAAGCACCUUUCGUCCCAGCCGUGUCCUUUCUAUUGCUCAACGUUAUGCUCUCAAUGGAGAAGAAACAUUGGACAACAUUGCCUACGCACGUGCCUAUAACACAGAUCACCAAACCUCACUACUGAUUCAAGCAGCGGCAAUGAUGGCGGAGACCCGGUUUGCAGUGUUGAUUGUGGAUAGCGCAAUGGCUUUGUAUCGAACAGACUAUGCUGGGCGUAGUGAACUUGCAGCACGACAAACCCACCUUGCACAAUUUUUACGACACUUACAGCGACUUGCGGAUGAGUUUGGUGUGGCAGUGGUGAUUACCAAUCAGGUUGUGGCUCAAGUAGAUGGUGCGCAAGGUAUGUUUAAUCCCGAUCCAAAGAAGCCUGCAGGUGGAAACAUUAUAGCUCACGCUUCGUGUACAAGAUUAUACCUGAAAAAAGGACGAGGCACCACACGCAUAUGUAAGAUCUACGAUUCACCUUCGCUGCCUGAAAAUGAAUGCCAAUUUGCCAUCUUGGAGGAUGGUAUCGCCGACGCUUUGGAAUAA